GUGACUGGAGAACCGGUCAUGUGACGUCCUCCAAGAUGGCGGCGCAGUGCUGAGCAAGAUUUCGUUGACUUCCUGAUGGGGAUGCGGUCCGAUUCGUUUUAUUGUCCCCCCGUGAAACGAGCCGCUUUCCAGUGACUGGGCGCCGGGCUAGAGGAAGGAAGACACCGAGGGGCAUCCCUGACAUGCAGGAGAAGGGCGAGGGGGACAAGACUAAAAGCAUGUUCCUGACAAGGGCCCUGGAGAAAAUCCUCGCUGAUAAGGAUGUGAAGAAGGCCCAGAACUCCCAGCUCAGGAAGGCCUGUGAGGUGGCCCUGGAUGAACUUAAAGCUGAACUUGGCCAACAGAAAGAUGGCUCGGCCCCCUCCAAAGCUCCGUUCAUCGAAGCCGAUAAAUAUUUUCUUCCGUUCGAGCUGGCCUGUCAGCAGAAGUCGCCCCGCGUGGUCAGCACCUCUUUGGACUGCCUGCAGAAACUCAUUGCUUACGGCCACAUCACCGGCAAUGCCCCGGACAAAGGAUCCCCUGGGAAGCGUCUCAUCGACCGCAUCGUUGAUACCAUCUGUGAAUGCUUCCAAGGUCCCCAAACAGAUGAGGGCGUUCAGCUUCAAAUUAUUAAGGCUCUGCUCACCGUCGUGACGUCUCCGUACGUCGAAAUCCACGAGGGGACGAUUCUCCAGACCGUGAGGACGUGUUACAACAUCUACCUGGCAAGCAAGAACCUUGUGAAUCAGACGACGGCGAAGGCCACGCUCACUCAGAUGCUCAAUGUCAUCUUCAUCCGCAUGGAGAGCCAAGCGGUUGAAGAAAUGUCAAACUGUGAAAAAUCUCAUCAGAAACCCCACUCUCCCGCCAUUCACAAACCGACGGGAUCUCCACGGGCCUCCCCGCGAUUACCCGGCCGGCGAGAAACUGAGCCUCCUUUACCGGAAGUCAGCGGCGCUAUUACCAAUGGGGAUCAGAACCCAACUGGGAGACAGGAAGACGAGCACAAGGAGGGUAGCGCCACAACCGAGGUUAGUUCUAGCACAGAGAUACAGAGCGGGGAAGACAGGACUGCGGAAGAACCCGAAUCUGUCACGGAACCGGAUGGCAGAGAAGACGAGACCGGGACAGAACCCAAAUCUACCCCUGGACCGGAUGCCACAGAAGAUGAGAGCGCGAGAGAGUCCGCUUCGAGCUUGGAAGCAAAAGACGGUGGUGACAGAACAGCGGAGAAAUCAGAACCGGGGAGCCACAAGGAGGUCAAUUCUAGAGAAGCCGAACCAGAAGGUCAAGAA